AAGGAGGAGAGUUGAAACUAUACAUUCAACGCUAUCGAACGUUUCAAGACAGUCGCUCACAGUCUCUCGUAGCGCUUCCCAAAAGGAUUUAUUAUCAUUCUCUACUCCAGUUGAUGUUGAACAAGUUCAAGUGUCUAGUUAUUUAAUUGCACGCCACUGCAGGUCAUGGCCCAAUCCGAGUUGCUAGAAGUUUAUUUAAGAGAGGAAAGAAGUUCGAUACAGGAGAAACGAUUAUUUGCCUGCACGUUAUGCCCAUACCGAACCGACAGGCGCAAUAAUUUGAAGCGUCACACGGCGACGAUGCACGAACAGAGCACCGCCGUGCUCGAAUGUUGUGGCAGUCGUUUUGCCAACAAGGCGGCACUGCGACAUCACACGGCAGCCUAUCAUCGCCAUGGAUACAUUUGUACCAUUUGUUCUCGAGUCUUUUGCCGUCGAGCUUUACUGCGACGCCAUCACGCCGUCCAUUCCGGUUUCAAAGAAUUCACGUGCAGUCUCUGCGAUUACGCCACUUCGCAUAAAAGUAACCUGGAACGACACAUGAAGAUUCACGAAAGUGGCGACAAGUAUUCCACUUCUUCGCCAUCAUCGUCUGGCCAACAACACGAUCGCUCGUCUCCGGAAGAUUUUUAUCAAGCUGAUGAUUCGAGCAAAUCUUUUUGCGUUCCUCCGCCAUCGCGGGAUCACAAUCCUAUUCUCGCCAGUCUACUCAGUCAACCGGCCAACGAUGGAGAGGUGAUGCAAUGGAUCUAUCACUCUCCCUACGACGCUUAUCCUUCUCAGAUGUUUAAUCCGCCAGUCAACACUGUAGGCGAUCCGCCAGCCCAACAAGCUCGCCGAUGGAGUUACGAUUGCCAGGAAACGAAGUUUGAAUCGUCGACAGUCGCUAGAGAAGUUCCUCUUCGUCACGCCAUUGAUGUCAUACUCGGUAUCAAAGAAGAAUUGCCUAAAACACGGCCUGGCUUUCUUUACUGUACCGGACAGGAUGUGAAUGUGCCAACGUCGUCGUGUGUCGUUACCACCUCGUCUAAUCACUGGUCGAUUGGACAUUUAUCAGCCCUGCGCCAAAGUAACGAAUCGCCAACGUUCGCCGAUGCUAGUCAGAGUAGUCAUGAACUUAAUUCCGAUAUGGAUUCAUCCGUGUCGGAUCACGCCUGUGCAUCAGGACACAAACGCCCGUGGCAGAUGGUUGAUCUUUAUCGUUCGUCUCUCAAUCAGGAAUCGUUGGAAGAUGAUUUCACGUACGUGCCCAAGAAGCUGCGCAUGUCCAAGCGAUAUCAAACUGGCGCUCAAAGUCCUUAAAUCAAGUUAAGUCUAUAAUUAAUUCAUGAACCUGUUUUUCCCCUUGAUGCUUAUUAUGUUGCAUCUCUAAAAUUGUCUUUUGUUCUACAAUGAAAUAAAAAAAAAUUGAUUUUGUCGUU